AUGAGGACGCAAACGCGACUAGUGGCGCCAGAUGGCGGCUGGGGAGUUUUCGUGUGCAUCGGCAUGGCGUUACCAUUUAUCAGUGGAUUGGCUGCAUUGCCUUCGUUUGGGCUGAUCUUUGGCGACUUUCUGCAUGGCAUCGGGGCUGAAACCAGCGCUGUGGCCGUCAUAACCAGUGCCUUCUUUUGUGCUUUCAGCUUUGCGGGUCUCUUCUCGGGGUCGCUGUUCAACCGAUACGGUCUACGUGCUGUCGGUUUGCUGGGCGGUGGUUUGUACUUUUCUGGCUCGCUCUUACAAAUAUUCGUGCGCACCACAUGGGAGCUAUUGUUCGCUUUCAGUGUUAUUCAGGGCACUGGGUUCGGCCUCAUUGUACCCACAUCGUAUACGACCUUCAACAAUUACUUCGUUGAGAAGCGGGUUAUGUGGAUGAGUUUUGCACAGUCGCUUAUCGGCGUUGGCACCAUGUUCUAUCCAGUAGGAAUGCAAAAGUUAGUGGAGCUCUACGGAUUUCGUGGUUGCUUGCUUGUUUUGGCUGCAAUCAACUCCCACGCCAUUCUGGGAAUGUUGCUGAUGCAGCCAGUAGAAUGGCAUAUGCGGAAGGUGACCACUCAAAUAGAGUCGACUUUAACGGAUGCAAAGAAGUUGGAGAAAGAAGAUAUCACUCUGAUUCUAAGCACAACCAUAGAUAAUAAUCAAUAUAUGAAAUAUAAUGGACGAGAUACGUCCGACAUGGAAUCCAACAACUUGUCGCCCCUAAUACAUGGCAAACCGCGCCCGGUAACUGUAUCGAGGGAGAAUGUGAAAAAUAUCUCAAGCCACACGUCAAGCAUAACAAGCCUUGGUAAUUGGACCGGUCCAAUUGUUGUGCGUGACGCUUCACCGGAAAUGACGCCGUUUCAUUCAAUGCUUGCAGUCAAUGCGGUUGAAGAGGAGAGCAGCUGCUGGCAUAUUUUAGUAGACUUCUUGGAUCUAAAGUUGCUGAAGAAACCUAUUUACCUUAACAUUGUAUUGGGUAUCUCAUUUGCGCUCUACUCUGAUAUUGCGUUCUUCACGCUGCAGCCACUCUACCUCUUUGAGUUGGGUUUCACAAAGCCGGAUACUGCCAGCAUUAUCGCCAUCGGAGCCGCUGCUGAUUUGGCUUCACGCAUAUUCUUAGCAUUCUCGGCCAUAUUCAUUCAAAUGCGAUCCCGUUACAUUUAUCUGGCCGGCUCCUUCUUUACAAUCAUAGCGCGCUUUGCAUUUUUGAAUGUAUUCAGCUAUGCGGACAUGGCCUGUACUACCGCUGCAAUGGGCUUCUUACGUACUUGGAUCCAUGUGCCGCUGCCUCUUGUCUUCGCCGAGUACUUGCCAAAGGAGAGAUUCGCCACUGGUUAUGGCCUGUUCAUGUUUCUGCAAGGCAAUAUAAUGUUCGCCGUUGGUCCCCUGGUGGGCUAUUUGCGCGACCUAACACAAGACUACAUCGUGACCUUUCACUGCCUGAACUUCUUUAUGGCGCUUUGUGCAGUGCCGUGGCUCAUGGAGAUAGUUUGUGUUAAAUUUAGAAGAAAAGACGAUCUUAACUGCGAAAAAUAA